UCCUCCUCCUUCCGACCGGUGGCUGCUAGCUGUCAGAAGGAGGCUAUAAAACAGAGGGGCGGCUCUGAAGAGGCUGCUCGUUUUUUUGGGAGAAAUACGCGUAGUACAGUUACUUUACGUCCUGUCCGUGGGGGGAAAAGCCCUCUGUUUGGCUGAGAUUGAUGACUUAAAACUUUGACCUAAUAAAAGCGGACAGUUGGAGGCGACGAAGGCGCUGCAUCUUUUUUUUUUCUCCCCCAGUCUGAGUGAGAAUUUGCGCUAACAGGGUCAGAAAGAAGAAGUUGCUGGGUGUUUUUUUUCCUCCCUUUUUUUUUUUCUUUUGGGAGGGAGAGGAGAAAAGCCUGCUUUGUGGAGGUUUGGGAUGCUGGCUCCCCGCGCGCUCCGCUCCUUGCUGUGCGCGCUGAGCUGCGCGUGGUGGCUUCACUCCGGGACAGCCUCGCGCCUCAAGACUCCUGCGCUGCCCAUCCAGUCCGAGAGAGAGCCGCUGCCCUCCAAAGUCCUGGCAGGAUGCUCAUUUGGAGGUCGAUUCUACUCCCUGGAGGACACCUGGCACCCAGAUCUCGGGGAGCCCUUUGGUGUGAUGCACUGUGUCCAGUGCCACUGCGAACCUCAAAAGAGUCGGCGGGGGAAGGUGUCGGGUAAAGUGAACUGCAGGAACAUCAAGCAGGACUGUCCCAACCUGGACUGUGACGACUCUGUCCUGCUUCCAGGACAAUGCUGUAGAACCUGUCCCAAAGGUUCAGAUGGCAAACAGCAGGCUGACUCUAUGCUGGAAAGCUUUGAGUAUUUCCACGAGAAGGGCAAAGAGGACGACCUCCACAAAUCCUACAACGACAGAUCCUACCUGAGUUCUGAGGACACAGGCCUCGGAGAGAGCCGCACAGACUUUGUGGCGUUGUUGACAGGAGUGACAGACUCAUGGCUGCCGAGCUCCAGUGGAGUUGCCAGAGUCCGUCUUUCUCUGACCAGAACCACACUGACCUUCUCUGUUACAUACCAAAGAAUCGGCCGGCCCACUAAAAUAGCCAUCCUGGACUCAGAUGGGACUCCUGCUUUUGAAUAUAAAGUCCCCAGAGGACAGGCAGACAUGAUUUGUGGAGUAUGGAAGAACUUGGCGAAACCUCUCCUGCGACAGCUGCAUUCUGAGCAAAUGCGCAUCAGCAUGACCACGUCCACAGGGAGACGAGAAGAGGUGGUGGGCAAGAUCAUCAAACACAGGGCGCUGUUCGCCGAGACAUUCAGCUCAAUGCUGACCUCGGAGGAGGAGAAUGCCGGGAUGGGCGGCAUCGCUAUGCUGACACUGAGCGACAGUGAGAACAACCUCCACUUCAUCCUCAUCCUGCAGGGUCUCAUCAGACACAAGGACAAAGAGCCGGUUUUGGUGCCAAUCCGAGUCCAGCUGGUGUACCGCCAACAUGUCCUACGAGAGAUCCGAGCCAAUAUCACCUCUAACGAUCCAGAUUUUGCAGAGGUGCUGACAGACCUGAACAGCCGAGAGCUGUUUUGGUUAUCUCGUGGUCAGCUGGAGAUCGCCGUGGCAGCCGAGGGUCAGGAUCCCCGGCAAAUCUCCGGCUUCAUCACCGGGAGAAAAUCUUGUGACGCUAUCCAGAGUGUGAUGUCCAGUGGCGAUGCACUGAUCCCAGGGAAGACCGGCGGGGUCGGAUCGGCUAUCUUUAACCUCCACGAUAACGGAACGCUGGAAUACCAGGUUCAGGUUGCGGGUCUCACGAGCGACGUCGUGAGCCUCACAAUAGAGCUGAAGCCCCGGCGUCGGAACAAGCGCUCGGUCCUCUACGAUUUAACGGCGGAGUACGGCAAAGCGGCAGGGCGGGCGGCGGGCAGCUGGAGUCGACUGGAGGCCCGGCAUAUCCACAUGUUGCUGCAGAACGAGCUCUUCAUCAACGUGGCCACGGCACACAACCAGGAGGGGGAGCUCAGGGGGCAAAUCAAGGCCCUGCCGUACAGUGGCCUGGAGGUGCCAAGACAUGAGCUGCCCACUCCCCUGGCUGGACAUUUUGUGUCCCCUCCAGUAAGAACCGGUGCAUCCGGCCAUGCCUGGGUGUCCGUGGAUAAACAGUGCCACCUGCACUACGAGAUAAUUGUGGCAGGUCUUAGCAAGGCGGACGACCUGACUGUGAACGCCCACCUCCACGGGCUGGCUGAGAUCGGAGAGCUGGAUGACAGCAGCACGAGUCACAAGAGGCUGCUGACGGGUUUCUACGGCUCUCAGGCUCAGGGGGUUUUAAAGGACAUGAGUGUUGAACUACUGCAACAUCUGGAUCAGGGAACAGCCUUCAUCCAAGUCAGCACCAAGAUGAACCCUCAGGGAGAAAUACGAGGACGGGUCCACGUUCCCAACACCUGCAAGCUCGGUGCCCCGGCGGAGGUGGAGGAGGCUGAGUUUGACGACGUUUUUCUGAACGACCCCGAGGAGCUCAAGAAAGACCCAAAUACCUGCUUCUUUGAGAACCAGCACCAUGCUCAUGGCUCGCGCUGGACUCCGAGUUACGACAAGUGCGUCACAUGCAGCUGUCAAAAGCGAACAGUGAUCUGUGAUCCAGUUAUCUGUCCAGAGCUGACUUGCUCCAGAACCAUUCAGCCCGAGGACAAGUGCUGUCCUGUCUGUGAUGAAAGCAGGGAGCCUAAGGACGUGAAAGCUCUGGAGACCCUGGAAGAACAUCUCGAAGGUUGUUACUUUGAAGGCGACCAGAAGAUGCAUGCCCCAGGAACCACAUGGCAUCCCUUUGUUCCUCCCUUUGGAUACAUUAAAUGUGCUGUCUGCACUUGCAAGGGAUCUACAGGGGAGGUCCACUGUGAGAAGGUGACGUGUCCCGUGUUGACCUGCAACCACCCAGUGAGGAGGAGCCCCUCCGACUGCUGUAAGGAGUGUCCUGAAGAAGAGAGGACGCCGGCGGGCCUGGAGAUCAGCGACAUGAUGCAAGCGGACGGCCCACGGAACUGCAAAUUUGGAAAGAACCUUUACCAGAACAGCGACAGCUGGCAUCCCUGGGUGCCACUGGUGGGCGAGAUGAAGUGCAUCAACUGCUGGUGUGAUCAUGGCGUUACGAAGUGUCAAAGGAAACAGUGUCCGGUGCUGACCUGCUCCAACAUCACUCGUACAGAGAGCUCAUGCUGUCCCGAAUGUGGUGAUCAAAAAGAAGAAGCUGUUCUGAUGACAAAAACACCAGGCAAAAGACGAACCUGGAGACAAUGAUGAAGAGGAAUGCCCCCGCUCCAGAGAUGAGCCCCAAAACCCCUUUUUCUGGAAAAACAACCCCCCCCCCUCCUCCUCAUCCCACAUGGACAUAUUCCCACAGCUGCACACUGGGAUCCCCCGUAUCUCUCCUGACCUGACACCCACCCUGUUAUCAGCUUCAAGAUUGUAACAAGGAGAGCCUUGCAGAGACUAAAGUUAAUCCUAAAAUACGGACUUUUUAAGCGACGCAUUGAAGCUUUGGAGGGAACCCUCCUAAUGUUACUCACAUGCUGCCUUCGGAGCUUGUUGGGAGUUUAACCGUUGCUGAGCGGGUAAAAGGCGAAGCUGUUUAUCGGACUGAAAUCCAGCUGGAUUGUAAAUAGCGAGUGUUGGGAGAAGAAAGCAGUUUGUAUCGACAGAGCUUCUUUCUGAAGCACAGCCAUAGCUACUGCAGCUCCCAGUGGACACAACGAUGGAAAGUGUUACUUAUGAUGGGCCGAGUGUGUGAAUGUAGGUACCCGUGUCUGUUUCUUUGACUUUCUUUGGUUUCUUUGAUAAAGUGUGAGCAAGUGAAUAGAGGGAGAGCAUCUGUGGCCACCUGCCUACAGCUUUCGUUUGUUGUAAGAAAACAUUUCCACUCUGUAUGACUCUCAUUCCUGUCAGGGUCACUCCCCUUUUCUGGGAUGGGACAUUAAAACGCCUUCUGUUUAUAUCA